UCAAUAUUCAUUAUAGCAAAACCACAGUCUUCUCUCAAUCAUCACAACUCACAUUGCUCGAUCUGUGUCAUUGUUUGGCAGUACUUGAAGUUGAUACUUCCUAUAUAGCUUAAUUUUUCUUCAAUUCACUGCAAUUAAUGGAGAGAGUAAAGAGAAUGGUGUCUGAAAGGCCACUCGUGAUCUUCACUAAGAGCUCUUGCCCCAUGUCCCACACUAUCAUAAGUCUCUUUAGGAACUUCGGCGCUGACCCGGCCAUUCACGAGCUCGAUCAAAUACCAAGGGGCCGAGAAAUCGAGCAGGCUCUGUCGAGGUGUGGUUACAAUAUGGUGCCGGUAGUGUUCAUUGGUGGUGAAUUGGCUGGAGGAGCUAAUGAGAUCACUAGUCUUCACGUCGAGGGGAGCCUAGUCCCGUGGCUUAAGCGGGCAAGAGUUAUACAUCUCUAAUGUUACCCAGCUAAUUAAUAACCUGUGUUUUAGUACUUACACACAGUGACAUUAGGUGACCUCGUAACUAUCAUAAAUAUAUAUAUAUAUAUAUAUAGAGAGAGAGAGAGAGAGCUUGCCUAGCCUACUGUAAUAGUUCUAAUGACAGUACUACUGAAUAAUGUAUACUUGGCUGUUUUUUGUAAUUUGAAGUAAUAAAUAUAAUCAGCUCUAUGAGUUUUUGCUAGUAACAAA